GACAUCACUAUCAUCUUCAUCUUCCUUGGGCGCUCUAUCCUUUCGCUCAGAGUUCGCUAAACGACAUGGCUAUCCCGACCGCCGGUCUCUUCUCCAACUUCCUCGCCGGCGAAACGGCGUCCCUCGGUCGCCCUUCUCACACCAUGUUCGCUCGCCCUCCUCCUACGUUGCGCCUGGUUCGAAGUCCCACUUCUGCUACUGUGUCUCAACCCCCUACUGGGAAGCAGCCUCGAGGUAUCAUGAGGCCUCGCAGAGUCUCCCCCGAAAUGCAAGCCCUCGUUGGGGUUCCCGAAAUUUCUCGAACCCAAGCUCUCAAGCAGAUUUGGGCUUACAUUAAGGAGAACAAUCUUCAGGACCCUCAAAACAAGAAGAUUAUCAUCUGUGAUGAGAAGCUGAAGAAGAUAUUUGCGGGGAAAGAUCAAAUUGGGUUUCUGGAGGUUGCCGGAUUGAUCAGCCCUCACUUCCUCAAAUGAUAGCAAGUGAAAAAUUAGCUCUGAAGCUUGCCAAUUGUUGAAGGGAAAAACUGUGUUUUGUAGGGCAGGUCAUAUGUUUUGGCUAUGGAACUAGUAGAAUUUGAAUAUUAAUUUAUGUCCUGCCAUUUAGUAGCCUUUUUUUUUUCCUUUUUUGGUUGUUUCUUAACAGAACAAGCUUUGUUAAAGGGUUUUGCUUGAGCAAUGUAGCUGUUUAACAGGCUGUGGUACUACCAUGUAGGUUUCUACUUGACCUCAUGGUUUCCUUGUUA